CGUAACUAAACAAGCCGGUCGUUUGGGUACCUGGAUUGAUCUCUCCAGGAUAAAGCCUAUCCAGGUUUUCAAUUCGAAUUCACUGUUUGGGUAGCGCAUAUGACGUGGAUUGUGUAGUGCGCGCCAAAUUGCCCUGAGUCAUGUAAGCCCUAAAUCACUAGAGAAGCCCUAAAUCCAGAACUUUUUUUUUUGUCAAGAAGUUUUGCAUGGUAAGCGAGAAUCAGAAGGGGAGAGCUCAGAAGAAGGAGACGAAGGUUUUGGGGUUUUAGAUCUGUUUAAUCAAAGCAAAGAUAAUAACCAAGAAAAGAUUGAUGAGGUUGCCACAGGUAAAGAUGAAAUCAAGCUCUCUCUUGUUCGACAAACUUGCAGAGUAGUAGAUGAUUGUAGAAUUCAGAACCCCGAUAUUGAAAACGAAGAUAUGAAGAGGAGUUUAGGAACCCACUAGUGAGAGAAACUUAUAGGCUUACAUAUAGGAGGAGUUCCUGGAACCCCAACCUCGAAGGCCAAUGAGGAAUCUCUUGAGGAGCCUCAAGCCCAGUCAAAUUUGUGCAGUUCUUCGAUCUCAGAGAAAUGAGAGGUUCAAAACCUUUUAGGUGGCCCUUUUCUUCUUGUAGACUGUUAUGAUGAUGCAUCAAGCUCUAUAAAACAUAUGCAUUUGGGGAUUCCUUCAAAACCCAGAAACACUAAUCAGAAGAAGCUGCAAUUUUUGCUGAAAAGAAGUCCAAUUAGGGGCAAUCCAAACAGUGGACAGGCAUAUCCAUGUUUCUUAUCAGGUGCUAGGCAUAUCCAUGUUUCUUAUCAAGUGCUAUCCAAACAGCAAACAACCUUAUCCCAGGACAGACGAAUUCGAAGAUGAACCAAUUCCAGAAUAAGCCUAUCCCCAGGGCAAUCUAAUCCAGGUACCCAAACAGACCUAGAUGACCCGCCCGCACUAGAGGCAGUUAGGAAAGAGAGAAUAGAGUAGGAGUGCGGAGAGUGAAAAUCACGGAGCAGCGAGGAGAGAGAAGAGGAUGCAAGAGAGAGAAAAUGAAGAGCAGCAGAGAAGCUUCAUAAAGAUCCCAUCUUACCAGGAGGUCUUCGAAGCUUCAAAACCUCAACCUCCCCCGUCACUUUUUCGCCCCUCUUCCUCUUCUCCUUCUUUACCUCCUUUCUCUGAGGCCUUUUCUUUCAUAAAAAACUCGGAGUUUUAUACCCCUCCUCCUGCUCCCACCGUUUCAGAGAACACCCCAAGGCAAAUUGCAUCAGCUGGGCCUUCUUCUUCUUCAUCAUCCUCUCCUUCUGUCCAAGGUUGCAAUGCAGUUCUCGUUAGUCGUAGACAGCAAGGAAAUCCAUUGCUUAAACACAUUCGAAAUGCGAGGUGGAUGUUUGCUGAUAUCGUUCCGGACUAUCAGCUGGGGCAAACUUCCUGUGCACUAUAUUUAAGCUUGCGGUACCAUCUUCUUCACCCUGACUAUUUAUAUUAUCGGAUCAGAGAGUUACAGAAGAAUUUUAGGCUUCGGGUUGUUUUAUGCCAUGUUGAUUUGGAAGAUGUGGUGAAACCUUUACUUGAAGUUACAAGGACUGCUUUGCUUCAUGACUGUACCCUUUUAUGCGGCUGGAGCUUGGAAGAAUGUGGACGGUAUUUGGAGACCAUAAAAGUAUACGAAAAUAAGCCUGCUGACAUUAUUCAGGAGCGAACAGACAGUGACUAUUUGUCACGGCUAUCACAUGCACUUUCAGUUGUGCGGCGUGUGAACAAGAGUGAUGUUGUCACAUUGGGGUCUGCUUUUGGGUCACUCUCUCGUGUUAUGGAUGCCUCCAUGGAAGACUUAGCUCGCUGCCCAGGUAUUGGUGAACACAAGGUUAAGCGCUUGUAUGACACAUUUCAUGAACCAUUCAAACGCAAUGUGCCAAGCCAUCCUUUUACUGGAUCAGGAAUUCCAGCCCCAGAGGAUCCAAAACUUGACGAGGCAGGUAAAAGUAAAGAAACAUGUGGAGAGAGAAAAGAAGAAGAGAAGAAAGGUCAUGAGACCAAGGAGCACGAGGAACCCGGCUUGACUGUUGGAUCAGCUCUAGCUGCUGCUCUUGCAAAAUAUCCAGAUAAAGUUUGUAAGGAGAAAGGGAAGGGCGUUGAGGGUGUGAGCUCUAUGGCGAUGUCCAAUAAAACAAAAGAGGGAUCAUCCAAUGAGAAGGUUGUUGAGUGAGCUUUUAGUUCAUGAGAAAAGAGGGAUCAUCUAAUGAGAAGGUUGUUGAGUGAGCUUAUAGUUCAGGAUUUAUGAAAAGAUGUGGCAAAGUUUUACACUAGCUUCCCUACCUAACACAAUCCUUCCGGACUAGGGACCAGCAUGACCGGGUUGGGACCGGCCAUGGCAGAGUUUGGGUGAGCUUCUUGUGCUGUGUGUUAUUAGGGAAGGUUGUAUCUUGAUAUGCAGGUGGCAGUUUCGCUAAGCGUUGUAGCUUUUACCUUACAUCUAGUUGGUUGUGAGAUGAAUUUUAGCUAUGCUUUUAAGAACUUACCCAUGCGUUCAAAUACAUUGGAUGAUGUGUCGAUUAUUUAGGCCCAUCAAUGAGCCAAGCUUGAAUAAUGACACCAGCAAUAGUUCAAAGACAGAUUCAUACUUCUAA